AUGGAAGAUCUACGGCAGAAACAGUACGGCGGACGUUACAACGCCAAGGACUUCUGCAGGGCCUUUGCGCAGUCAAACUCGCCAUUCUGCCCCCCUCCACGAGUCCACCCUCGACGGCCCCGACCUGUCUCACGACUCGCUGCAACAGCGGCUGCCUCUGCCGACUUGGCCAGCCUCGAAACUGCUACUCUAUCAAAGCUUCGCCUCGCCAGACAUCAUGUCAGAAAGGCUUGGAUUUGCUGGGCAUCGAAACCAUCCGCUCAUCCUCCACCCUUGGUGCCGACUGUAUGGGGUUCCCCCAUAAUAUUGGCACUGCAUCGGACGCUCUCCAGACUCUUGGCCGCCAUCGGAGAGUCCAUUUCUGCCACCCGUAGAGCCUCAACGCAGCACCCAACUUCUUGGCAGCCCAUAUGGAAUUCGCCUGAUCACUACAUCUCCGCCCAAAUCACUCUUCGCCGCAUGCAAGAACAUUCUCAAGUCUGA